ACCCUGCCCAUUGGAUGAUCAGAGGUUUCGGCGGACGCGGUUAUAAGCUGACCCUGUGAGAAGGGGGCGGUGAAAAACCACCACCGGAGAAGGGUUACGCUUCUCCAUUUCCUUCGUCCGCUGAGCAGGAGGUUAUUAACCAUGGCCGUCGCCGCUGGCAGCCGGAAGUACUUCUUCUAUGGCCACCGUAAGCCCUCACAGAAUCGCCCAGUUGUCCGCGGCGGCCUCUUCUCGAAUCGAAAGGUUGUCGCUUCCGCCCCCAUCGACACUGCCGUCCUCCCCACCACGGACUUCCGCGAAUGGGACUUCGAUUGCCCUACCCAACCGAAGCCGCCCUCUCCUUCUGUCCCUGCGAUCGACCGUCGGCUCUCGCCUCUCGCUCGUUACGUUCUCGACUCCUUCCGUCGCCACCGUCGCUGGUGCCCCGAAGUCUUGUCCGAUUUGCGAAAGCUUCGUCGUUUCCCUCCUGACCUCGUCGCCGAAGUCCUCCGCUCUCGCCCCCUUAUCGAUCCCUCCCUCUCCACCCAAUUUUUUCAUUGGGCUGGCAAGCAGAAGGGUUUCCGUCACUCCUUCGCUUCAUAUAAUGCUCUCGCCUAUGCCCUUAAUGCCGCCGCACGUCCUGCAGCGGCUGACCAACUCCCGGAUCUGAUGCACGCCCAGGGGAAACAACCAUCUGAGAAGCAGCUCGAGAUCCUCAUACGAAUGCACGCUGAUGCUGGUCGCGGCCUUCGGAUCUUCCGCAUAUUCCGGAAAAUGCGGGGCAAAUUUGGUGUCAAGCCUCGUAUCCACCUAUACAACCGCAUCUUGGAUGCUUUAGUUGCAACUGGACAUCUUGAUCUUGCUCUUUCUGUGUACGAUGACCUCAAGGUCGAUGGCUGUCAGGAGGAAGCCAUCACUUUCACAAUCCUUGCUAAGGGACUUUGUCGUGCUGGAAGGAUGGAUGACCUUUUUCAACUGCUGGAACGAAUGAGAACAGAACUGUGCAAGCCGGAUGUUUUUGCAUACACUGCAAUGCUAAAGGCCCUAGUUUCAGAGAGGAACAUGGAUGGUUGUUUGAGGGUGUGGGAGGAAAUGGUGAAAGAUGGAGUCAAGGCUGAUGCAAUGGCAUAUUCAACGAUGGUUUCAGGUUUGUCCAAGGCAGGGAGGGUUGAGAAAGGCUAUGAACUGUUUUUGGAGAUAAAGAGAGAGGGGUAUGUGAUUGACCGUGCUGUGUAUGGGUCACUGGUCGAGGGGUUUGUAGCUGAGGGGAGAGUUGGGGAUGGUUGCAAGCUGUUGAAUGAGAUGAUCAAUGAUGGGUACUGUGGAGAUCUCUGUAUUUACAAUUCCCUGAUAAGAGGCUUAUGUCUUGUUGGUAGAGUUGAUAAGGCUCAUAAGCUUUUUCAAGUUCUCAUCCAAGAGGGGAUCAUUCCUAGCUCUGAAACUGUGAUCCCUAUGCUAUCUGUUUAUGCUGAUUCAACCGACAAGGGAAACUUUUUUCAAUUGGUUGAUCAGUUAGCAGCAUUGAAAUUGUCAAUUUUGAAUCAUAUCGCAGACUUCUUUUCAUCCUUCGUAACUAAUGCAGAUAGAGAAAUGAAAGCGCUGGAGGUGUUUGAAGAAUUGAAAGCAAGAGGGCACUGCAGUAUUGUCAUUUAUAAUAUUCUUAUUGAACGUCUUCAAAGUAUCAAAGAUGUGAAACAUGCAUUGGCCCUGUUUGAUGAAAUAAGGCAUUCUGAAGUUUUUCAACCAGAUUCCAAUACCUAUUCUCUAAUAAUCUCAUGUUUCAUAGAGGAAGGACAUAUUAGAGAGGCAUGCUCUUGUUACAACCUAAUGAAGGAAAAUUCUUGGACACCUAGUAUUGAGGCUUACUGUUUGCUCGUGAAAGGGCUAUGCAAAAUUGGAGAGAUCAAUACAGCUAUCACUUUUGUCAAGGAUUGUUUAGGAAAUGUAACUAAUGGUCCUAUGGAGUUCAAGUAUUCAUUGACCAUUAUAAACACUUGCAGAAUGAAGAGUCCAGAGAAAGUGAUAAAAAUUUUGCAUGAGAUAAUUGAUCAAAACUGCCAAUUAGAAGAUAUUAUUUACUGUUCUGUCAUUUAUGGUUUCUGUAAAUAUGCUAGUUUGGAAGAGGCAAGAAAAGUAUUAACAGCAAUGAGAGAUAGGAAGUUCCUCAAAGAGGCAGACUUUAUAGUUUAUGAGGAGUUACUUAAGGAACACCUAAAGAAGGCUACCACAGCCUUGGUGAUCUCUAGCUGGAAGUUUUUUGGUCAUGAAUCUAAGAUAAAAUCACAAGUAACACGGAGGUAAAUGGUUGAAGAAAAUGUCAGGUAUGUUUUUUUUCAUAUAUUUUCAUAUUUUAGUCUACUUUGUUGUUUAUAUUUUUGAUGAAAUACUUAAGUGUUUUAUCAUUGUAACAUUUUGUUGUGUUAAUUAUAAGCUAGGGCAUUCUUGGGAGAAUUAUCUUCUGCUGUGUCAAUGUUUAAUAUUUUGGCAUCAGUAACAGUUUUUGUUAUCAAUCCUAAGUGGUACAAUCUUGGUGCCAAUCCAUGACAACACUCCAAACUGUGUCCACAUGUUUUUAGACCGAACUCACCUUCUUGGUCCUCUUCUAUUUGGUAUGUUUACUUCCAAAAACAAUAAUAUAACAACUUCAUAGUGGAAUGAAUUAAAGUUAUUUAGAAAUUACUCAAAAAGUGCAAUAAAACUUCUCGAGUAGGGAUGACAAUGGAUCAAAUACAUGAAAAUUUUAUUAAUAUCUGAACUUGGAUUCAACACACUAAAUAUCUAUCCAAAUCUUGAAAAUAACUUCCUGUACUCACCUAUAUAACUAAAUGUAUUCCAACCAAGUACCCAGAUUUGACUUAAGUAGGUUGGUGCUAGCUAGUACCCGAUCAAGUGUACCUAAAUUUCCCAAUGGGCAGACUGCAUCAAUGUCUUAGCAAUUAGAUUUAACUUACAUGCACAACACAAAAACUUGUGUAAGCACAUGUAUUGUCAAAAUUGGUAUUGGUGUCAAGAUCAAAUGGUCAGGGAACAUAAAUAUUAGUUGUAUUGGAUUAGUAGGAUUGACGAAUCAGAAACACUAAAAAAAAUAACUAAAACGAAUUCAUACAUGUGAUGACAUAUUGUGUUAAAUCAUAUCAAAGAGGUAUAUUGUGUCUUAUCAAAUAUUAUAAUUAACAUCAUAUAUUAUAAAUAAUGAAUAUUAGAUUAGUAAUACACAGUAUAUUGUCACAAUAUUAGUAAUGUCAUAUUAUUACCAUUAUCAAGUUAAUGGUAUGAUAUAACUAUUGUAAUAUAACAAAAUUAUAUUUUAGAAUUGUUAGGAAAUGGAAAACUAUAUCUACUGGGUCUUUGAUAAAUUAAUAAGUAAUAUCUAUAAUAUGAAAGCAAUAAAUAACAAAAAUCUAUUAUAAUAAAUAGUAAAAUCAAACAAGAUUUUAAUAAAUGUUAGUAUCGAAUUUUGUAUUAUUAUUAUUUCUAUAAAAUUAGUUUAUUAUUUAAUUCUUCAUGUUCUAUGGCGUAUUUGGGAUUUAAAUCACAAUGGCAUUGUGGAUUUCUCACAGCCAAAUCUAAAAGAGAUAGAUGACGCGUUUGGUUUAGUAGAUGUUUACAAGCAAUAACAAAGUUGAUCUAUCGAUCUCAUGACAAUAUCGUGCGAUGGCGAGGUCAAGAAAUUGAAAUUCAUGUGGCUAAAAAAGACCCUCUCGCCCUCUCGUAUGCAUUUACUAUAAUUCAAGUGGAGAUGCAAAAAGUUUGCUAAAUCUUUGAGUUCUAAAUCAACCUAAUUUGACAAAUUUUCAACCUAUUUUAUCCAUCUCCACUCUCAAUUUGACCAAAGUUUAAGUGCUUUCAUCAAUUUUCUAGUUGUUUCUAAUUCAUUUCUUGGUAAUUUCAUUGAAUUUUUAGUUUUUAAAAACUUUUUAAUUUAUCCUUACCUGCACCGUGGGCAGCUCUCUGGAAGUAGUAAAACAUGUAAUCAUUGCCUGCGCCUUCUAGUUUUGAUUUCGGGUACAAUUGGCAGAGUGGAAAGGAGCACAAUUAUAAUCUAUUUGUCAUAUGGUGAUGAGUUACAGAAUGGUUCAUUUUGAUGUAUGCUAUCAAGUUUCAUUUAAUUUCCAUUCAUGUUUCUUAUCCUGAGGUUAAUAUUAUCCAUCCUUAUCUACUUGCUACACAAGCUCGGCUUUUCAACUUCCUUUGGUAAUUAAUGAAUUUGAUGUGUUGUUUUUCCAGUGGAAAACUUCAUUUUGGCAUCGACAGCUUUGUUUAAUAUGAUUGAUUACUUAUCAUUCUCUGAAUUUCAAUUUGAUACAUGAUUUUUCUUUAGAGGAUUUGCUUUUUCUUUAAAGACUGAGCAGAGUAUUUUGCUACUUUUAUAAUGUUUUAGAGGAUCUCAGACUGGGAAAGUAUUUUGUUAAUAAAUAUAUAAGAGCUCACAAAGCAAUGCUGAGUAUUAUGCCAGAUAGUUCAACUUAUUACAGAUUUCAGUAUAACAUUUUAAUUGUAGUAUAUCCUGUGUAGUUUCUACUUAUUAUCGAACAAACCUCGGUCACAAAUUCCUAAAUGAAUUUUAAUAUUCCUUUGGCACAUUGUCCUUUCCGGAGUUAAGCAGCUCCAGCAAGUCCAGUUCCAGUCUCGGGAUUAUUUGUGUUGUGUAAGAGUAACUUUGCUUGGCACCACAUUUUGCUUGCUUCUGUCUUGUCCCUUCAGUUUGAAAUCAUGAACCUUGUACCGAUAAAUCAUGGAUCUGCAUAUUUUCUCCCUCUUUGUUAAGGUGUACUAAUAGAAAGUCUCGGUGACAAAAAAAGGUGUGUUUAUAUUUUGCCUUUGUAAUAAUUCAGAACCUUAGAAACAACCAUUAGGGCAUUUCGGAAAAUGUAUUAGAUGCUCAUCUACCCAAAUACAGUUGGAUAAUCUUACUAUUGCUGCUUUGCUUUGCUUUGCAACUUUUCUACAGAAACGGAGAAGUCAUAUGGGAUUCCAAAUGUGUUCUUGAUGGAGCGAGGACACUGAAGAAAAAUGGUCAAUCACAUAGUCAAAGGAAAAGUGCAACUACUAAAUUUUCUUAGGAACAUUUCUGAACUGCUUGGGGUUGGGGAUUCUCGAGCUCGACAGCUGACUUGGCUGCAUCCCCUUGGUUUCCUCCGAGCAUCAAUGUUGCUCUAGGACUGUUGUUCCUCCAAAGAAUUUUUAACCACAUCUAUCGCACUUCAUUAUCUUGCACAUGGAUGCAACUGCUACAUGGAUCGGAUGCCAGCAUCAGCCAUUAGUAGAUAAUUAUUAAUUAAGCGGAGAUACUUAUCUGCAAACUCGGCUGGAUAAAAGAGCCACACUGCAGCGUCAUCACCACCUUGUUGCACAUCCUUUAACUCCAUCAUGGAAAAAUUGUGCCCUGUGAUAUUCUAUCAUUUUAUUAGUUUACUUAAAUGUUUUAGAUAAAUAAAAGUUAAAUGUUUUUAACUGAUUAAAAUGUUGAUGUAUAACAUAUUUGAUUUAUUAAGGAAUUAUUUCAAACUUCAAUUA